AUGGAGGACUCUAUGCCCUCUACCAGUGACUUUGUCAAGAAACUAUACAAAAUGCUUGAGGACCAAUCUUUCCAGGAUGUCGUGUCCUGGGGCCCUCACGGCGAUUGUUUCGUCGUCAAAGAUAUGAAUGAAUUUACCAAAUCCAUUCUACCGAGGAUGUUCAAGCACUCCAACUUUGCUAGUUUUGUCAGACAAUUAAAUAAAUACGACUUUCAUAAAGUCAAGAACACUGAUGACAACGCAUUUGGAGAGCAUUCCUGGACGUUCAGACAUCCAGAUUUUCACGCAGACAGGCGUGAUGCGCUUGAGAAUAUCAAACGCAAAGUCCCUGCGUCACGGAAAAGUCAGGGCGCGCAAAAUGCUGCGUCAACAACGCGACCGAUGGGUUCAUCGGGAAGCACUGGAAUGCCAUUAGCUAGCGGCUCAGGUAGUGCUGGUGGGAGUCCUGUCCCGUUUUAUGGCUCCAGCGGGAAUGGCUACAAUGAAUACCAUACGCAGCAAUUGCAAACCCAAGUCGAUCGGUUGACUGCUUCGCACGAUGAAUUAUCUUCUCAUAUACGGUCCCUAGAGCGGAAUAUAGGGAACCUGGAGAGGAAUCUGGGUGGCUUGGAGCGAAAUUACCAUGAGGUCCUCGUCGAAAUGGUUGGGUUUCAAAGAAAUAUGGCUCAGCAAGACUCUGUAAUGCAGGGUCUCAUUGAGUGGGUCCUACACGGUGGUGGCGCCGGAGGGGAGGGCAAAGGUAAACGGCGUGCCCUUCCGCCUCCUACGAGCAGUCCUGCCGCCAUCCUCGCCAACCCCUCAUCAUCGUCGGCAGCUGCAGAUAAUGCUUUUGUUUCUUCCCCUUCCCAAGCAGGUCCAUCUCAACCUAUGGGCUCAUCUACGUCGCUGCCACAACAACGAUCCCCCCAUCAAGGGAUGUCCUCACUAUCAACCUCAUCUCCUCCUGCAACCGUAACAUUAUCCAAUGAAAACCCUUUUAUACAUUCUUCUGUUGCACAAAAUCUCAUCGGGCCGUCUUAUCGUUCGUAUAAUGAAAACGGGGGAUCAAAUCCAAUCAAUCCAAUGGGUACGUCGGGGAUCAACGACUCCGUUGGACGGUCCGCAUUGAUGAAGAUGAACGAGAUGUCCAGAAGGGCAGGCGAUGCGCUCAACCCAAACGGGAAUCCGAGUGGAGGGAACGCUUUCAGUUUCGGAGAUGGUGGAGAUAGGCCUCCUUCGAGAUUGUGGACUGCAGCUACCAACGCUGGAUUGAUUAAUCCUGAUGGAUCCUUUGUCAACCCAUUGAAUAACACAGUCCCAGUCUCGUCGCCAAACCCGGAUGCCUGGAAUAACGUGGCGAGUGUAGGCCCAACGAAAAUUACAUCUCGCCGCGAUGCACUUGCGAAGAUUGAAGAGCUGCAACGCAUGCGUCCAGCUAGUGCUGGGUUCCUCAGUAAUGCGGCAGCUAAAUUGGUGAGCGCAAUGGAGACUUUCGGGUCAAAUGGGGAAAACAGAAACGUUCCGGUACAAGAAGGAUCUCAAGAUAAUUCCAUAGAUUCCGGAUCCUCAAUAACGGAUAUGUCCAACGAGGAAGUGGUCAUGCCUUCCGCGUCGACGGUAGCUGCGAAUGCAGAGCAAGAACAAGAACAAAGGUCGCAAGAAUCACAAUCAAAUAGCUCAGAUCCUUGGAAUAUGAUGCUUCCUAAUGUCCCUUCACUGAGUUCAUUUGGUUCUCAGGACGGUUCAGCCUCAUUGCAAAUUCAACAGGAGCAGCCAUCAACCCCACUGUCAAUGCUCACUUCCUUCCCCGAUUACACAUCUAGCCACGAAGGUUUACAGGUUUACACUGUUGGACACCUCAUGCCCAGGAAUACAAUUGAUGAUAUGAACGGGACGUGGAGUUUUGAUCCUGGAAUGUUCGAAGGUGGUGGAUUCAACUUUUCUGGAAACACUAUGGUGGGCGGACAAGAGCGUAAAGUGGAUGGUGGGAGUCCGACGAUGGCUUCUGCAUCACAGGUUUUCGACCCCUUGCCUUCUUCAUCGUCAUCUCCGCCGUCGGGGCCAGAUUCUAGCUCUAAAAAGCUUCGCGUACGGCGUUCAGCUUUUGUCCCCGGGUGGGCAGUCUCUCCGAGAGUUCUUCUCGUAGAUGACGAUGCGGUGAGCAGGAAGUUGGGAAGCAAAUUCCUUCAAGUAUUUGGAUGCAAGAUUGAUGUUGCAGUCGACGGGGUGAGUGCCGUCAAUAAGAUGAACUUGGAAAAGUAUGAUCUGGUGUUGAUGGACAUUGUUAUGCCUAAACUCGACGGUGUUUCAGCGACAUCGCUGAUUCGAAAAUUCGACCAUAUGACGCCGAUCAUCUCAAUGACAAGUAACUCAAAACCGAACGAGAUAAUGACAUACUAUCACUCUGGUAUGAACGACAUUCUUCCCAAACCAUUCACAAGACAGGGCCUGCUCGAUAUGCUUGAAAAACAUCUUAUGCAUCUCAAGGUCAUCCAACAAAUGUCGCGAGUGCCUCGAUCACUCGGUAUACCCCCCUUAUCAGAUUCGGGUUUCGAAGAAGCUAUCACUUCACAAGCAGCACUACUCACUCGUCAGAACGUCAACAUGGCUUCAACAUCCAAUUCCAAUGAACUAUCAAACUCCAACGGCGCACUGUCUUUGCCGUCGUCAACAGAUAUGCAACCAUCAUCAUCGUCGUACUCGUUCACCCCUCUUACCAUGGGCGCAGACGAUGACGAUAUGGAUCGCCUGAAUCCUCUCGCUGGAAUGGGUCUCAGCGAUGACCAAUAUAACGCAAUAUUAAAUGGAAUCGUUAAUGGAGAGUCAUUUUCGGGGAGCAUGGAUAUGGGUGGAUACGGUAAUGAUUCACCUUUGACAAGAGUGGAUUCACAGAAACGGAGACUGGAUGACCAGGAUGAUGGUAGAGACGGAAAACGAAGUCGGUUUGAAGUUAUUGAAUGA